AGCUGAUGACGAAUGAAAAUAAAAAUAGACUUUUCAAAACCAAGCGAAAAGUGUUUGUAUCCGAGUCUGUCUUGUUAGAACAGAAAAUGUUGAUAAACUUUUGUACAAUAAUCUAAUAACCGAAUGACAGCCGUAAAAUACUUAAAACUUUAUCGAUUCAACAAUUUUAUUGGUUUUUGUAGAGAGUGUGACCUUGAAACGGUUUGAUUGCAGUGCAUAUACACUGUGUGACUGCAUUUGCGUCUAUUUUGUGUUGAUAUAGUUUUGGUGAAUUAGAAACGAAAAAAAAAUAUUUCGCCCACACUUCGUAAGUCGUAAGUGUUUUACAAUUGCCCCAGAUGUUUACGAAAUUUACUAAACGAAAUCUUAACGUCCUGUCGGAUUUGCUCAGUGCUGGAAAUUCGAAAAUAUUUCGUCAAUUUUCCAAUAUGACAACGACAUCAACGACAAACCAUGACAGUGAUGCAUUGGUUUUCGCACAUGUUAUCUUUCGUCACGGACAUAGAAAUGCUCUGGACAGUUUUCCCAACGAUCCCUACGAAGAUGAGGCAAAGUAUUGGCCGGAAGGAUAUGGACAGCUGACGAAUAAAGGCAAACGGCAACAGUACCAACUAGGACAGUACUUUCGUCGACGGUACGGCAAGCUGCUCGGUCCCCAGUACUCCGUCGACAAAGUGUACGUGCGGUCCACAGACUUCGAUCGCUGCAUAAUGAGUGCACAAGCGAAUCUAGCUGGCCUCUUCCCACCGACGGGUGACCAGAAAUGGAGCGAUGAGAUCUUAUGGCAACCCAUUCCAGUGCACACAGUUCCCUGGAGAAUGGAUCAUGUUGUGGGAACUGGUAGACCUUUCCCUAGAUUCGAAGCGGCACGUGAGAAGUACUUGAAAGAGGAUCCGGAGAUACAGAAGACACUCGCGGAUCAUGCUGACCUAUUGAAAGAACUGACCGAGAAGAGUGGUGAGGAUGUGAAGACGAUUGCCGAUGUAUUUUACCUUCACAACGUGCUCUGGUUUCAGAAGGACAAAAAUUUGCCGCUACCGGAUUGGGCUGAAAGGGCAGUCGAACCGAAUGGUAUUGUGGAGCGAAUAGCCGAAAGUCAUUUCAAAGUGAAUACGGCUACUCCGGAAAUGGCUCGGCUCAAAUCGGGCUUCCUGAUCAAGGAAAUGAUGGAACGUUUCACCAGCAAAAUUUUUGAUGACCUCGAACCGGAUCGUGUCCUGUGGCUGUAUUCUGCCCAUGACGAAACGAUUGCCAAUAUGUUGAACAGUCUGGGACUGUUUGAACAACAUGCACCACCGUUCGCCUGCAGUUUACAUUUCGAGCUGUAUAAGCCGAACAAAAACGAGCAUUACAUGCAAAUCUUCUACCGAAAGUGCAAUGAAGAGUAUCCGGAACCGUUGAAAUUGCCCGGCUGCGGAGACCGAUUCACGAUGGAUCAGUUUUAUGAUUUGUACGAGCACUUGAUUCCCGACGAAUUCGAAAAGGAAUGCAAUUUACGUUGAACCAACGACACUUCAACAAAGUGUGGUGCUGCAAUGUUAGCCAUUAGAUCAAUCUGUACAUAAUAGUAGAUGUAAUGAGGGACGGCUUUGCUCGGUGCUAUCAUGAAUACGAAUACAGGAAUAUAUUUGAGAAAU